AUGGAUGGAUCUGAGGAGCUAAAAUACCUAAUGAGGCUUCUACCGAAGUACAUGAAGGUUGGGGGAGAGGAAUAUAUCCUUUACAGGAUGAACGAAGCUGUGGGUGAGGACAGCUGGGCUAGGGCGAUGUUUUGUGGAAGAUGUCUUCAUCUUUAUAUUCCUGUGGUGAAUAGUAGAGUGAGGUAUGAUGGUGUGCUGACCAUUGAAUGCUUCGGAUGCGGCGAAAAACAUGUGUUUGACAAGGUGUCUGACGUGUUUAGAAAGGAUCUGCAUGAAGGCAAGGAGACAACGCUUGAAUAUUAUUUUAGAUGA